AUGCGUCGGGCGCUUCUGGUCGGGCUAUGCGCUCUGCUGCCGCUCUUCUGCGUGUCCGCCGCGCAGUCACGAGCGUUUCGUUACGGAGCUCAUCGACGGUAUAAGCGACAACUCGGCGACAUCACGAAUCAGCAGAUUGAUCUCAAUAUUACUGUACCCUAUAUAUUCUCAGCUAGACUCUACCCCUACGGCGAUAGCAAGGGUGAUCUCCUAAUCAAUGGGGAUAGUGAGCCCUAUAAGCUCGCGAAUCCUUUUCACUAUCUUGGACAAGUCUACGACACAAUCUACAUUCACUCAUCCGGAGUGGUGACCUUCAGUCCGAAUGUGCCGACCCCAGCAACUCUUCCAGUCGAUGAGCCUGUAUUGGCUGUGUAUUGGAUGAAAACUGAAGGGGCUCGAGUAUUUUAUAGAGAAACCGAUGAUGCCAACAUCAUAAACCUCGCCCACAACGAAGUAAAUAUUCAGUAUCGGUAUGGAUCACAGUUCAGAGUAAAGAGCGUGGUGAUCAUUACUUGGGAGGGUGGACGACCGAUAAAUUCUGAAGCCGACGGGAACAUCUUCCAGCUAGCACUGAUUAUCGGAGAUUCGAUGACAUUCGCUCAUAUUGUCUACAGUAAACUGAACUCGAACGACAACGCUGUGGCUGGAUUUUCUACGCUAAAUACCUCGUAUUCCCUUCCCGACUCAGCCACUCAUGAUGCACUUUUAUUGUCUGAAAAAAGUGACAUUGGUAUUCCAGGGGAGUGGCUAUUUCGAGUGGAUGAGACUCAGGUUUACCUCUGUGGUGCUGGAUUCAAAGGAUUGGAAUGUAUUGAUAGCUGUGCUCCUUCUCAAUGGUUCAAUGAUUGCUCCAAAAAUUGCCAUUGCGAUGGUGGAGACCCUUGCGAUCAAGAGAAUGGCCGUUGUCCUAACGGGAGAUGCUCACCCGGCUGGAAAGGCGCGCCAGUCUGUGACGAGGAUGAGGAUGAAUGUGAGUUGGAUGACGUUUGCCCAUCUGCCCAGCCAGACUGUUUGAACACCCCUGGAUCGUAUCUUUGCAUUUGUUUCGAAUACGACGAGGCAAAUAAGAAAUGCAAAGGUUCAAAACCAGUGCUCAGCACUUCCGAAGAGAAGAUUCCUGUAGAAAUCGUGCCAGUCCAACCAUCUUUUGGCCGAACCACUGCACCUACGAAGCCACCGUUGCAGAGGAAUCGGUUCGCGUCGACUGUACCAUCCACCACCACAACGACUGCUACAACAGCGAAACCUACGGUGAGGGCUUCGACUACUUCUACUACCGUUACCACCACAAUGGCACCAACUACGGUUAAGACAGCAGAGUUCAAACCAGCAAAGACUAAACCGUCAACACCCAUUUGUCCUCCAUGCGACAUCCACGCUUCGUGUCGUGAUGGAAAAUGUGAAUGUCACGCUGGAUGGAAGCCAUAUAAGAACAUAUGCGUGGACAUUGACGAAUGCUCUGAAAGUGGCGUAUGUGGAGCGCAUUCAGAAUGUGUGAACCGGCCUGGAAGCUAUGAUUGCACAUGUGAUAAAGGCUUUCGCUUUGAAGAGGGUAGCGGAUGUGUGGAUAUCAAUGAAUGUCGUGAAAGCAACCCAUGUGGUAAAGCAUCCGGAGUGGAAUGUCUAAAUCGUCCGGGUUCAUUUGAGUGCAUAUGUAAAGAUGGUUUCGAUGGUGAUCCGAAGAGAGGUUGCAGUGAUAUCGAUGAAUGUGCUCUUGGAUCACAUCACUGCGGACCUCAUGCUACCUGCAUCAAUACCAUUGGUGGCUACGAGUGCGAGUGUCUGCCAGGAUUUGAGCGAAUAGCCGAAGGAGCCGGCUGUACCGACAUCGACGAGUGCUUCUUGUCGAUGUGCCACCCGGCAGCACGAUGCGCGAACCUGGUCGGAUCGUUCUCGUGCAGUUGCCCAGAUGGUUUUGUUGGCGAUGGAAUGCAGUGCCAUGAGACUAUCCUUUAUCCUAUCGCUAACGACUCCAUAGUUGUGCCAAGAAAAAAGGAUGCGAUUGCUUCCAUCGACCUUCCUUCGCCAGUCUUUGUUUUUGGAAAACCCUACGACACCGUUUACCUUUCUUCGAAUGGAAUCCUUUCCUUUGACCGCCCGUUGCCAGGCCUUAUCGAGAGAGCCGAAUCACUCCGAGAAGCUGCUAUAUUUGCACUACAUGUUCAAUAUGAUUACGUUAGAGAAGGACUUGUUGCCUAUACGUAUCUAAAUGAGUCCGACUCAUCGGCUUAUUCACUGCUAGGCCGUUCAUCCCUUGGCGUGCAGAACAAUUUCCGAUUGUCGAAUUUCCGUACAAAAACGUUGCAUCUUUUCACUUUCGAUCGAAUGCGACAAGCAGGAAGUGAAAAUUUGAACUCUUUUCAAAUUGUGUUGGCACAGUCAGAUGAAGCUACAAUGCUGACUUUGAUCUAUGAGAAGACGCAGUCCAAAGGACCAAUGACAGGAAUCGCCUCACCAGCAGCAUUCCUUCCUCUACCAAACGACAUGCUUGCAACACAUUCCAAUGUCGGACAACCAGGAAAAUGGAUGUUCCGAAUCGACGACGGCAUCGGAUCGUGUCCGGCUGGCACACAAGACCCUCCACUUUGCGAUAAAGACUGCCCUCCUGGUCGCUACGGUUUCUCAUGCCAAAAUUCAUGUCACUGUGCAGCUGGCUUCCCAUGUGAUACUUCUUCUGGAGUUUGCGCAAAUGGUUGUGCAGCUGGUUGGACUGGGCCAAAUUGUGAUCGAGAUAUCGACGAAUGUUCCUCUGGUAUGGUUCUAUGUGGUCAAAAUGCCGAAUGUCACAAUAUCGUGGGUGGCUACGAGUGUCGGUGCCGAAAAGGGUUUUCUGGAGACGGCAAGGAGUGUUUGCAAGUUGAGCGAUGCUACUCUCGGUUUGGACGAUCUUGCUCUUCCAACGCAUCCUGCGAAGAAAGUGCCAGUGGUCCACGAUGCGUCUGUACCCGUGGAUACCGUGGCGAUGGCUUUACUUGCACACCUUUGUCGCAUAUUCAUUCAUCUGUUGAAGAAAUUACGAAAUUGAUGAAGAAUGACGCGAACCUGGGUGAAAGCAUAAAUGCGGAAGUAGAUGAACAUCCUUUUGUAAUGACUUCAUGGCAAGGACCAGGCGGUUCACCAGGUACGGGUUCGGUGCCUACAACCCCUCGACCGAAGUCUGGACGCUUUAGUUCUACCUCAGCCAAACCGCAUUUAGCGACGAAGGACGAGACAAACAAAGAAAAGCAAGAAGAGUCCGCAGAUGCCACUACUCUGUUGUUCCUCAUCGGUCCAGCAGUGCUCUGCGCUAUCUGGGUAAUUCUAGUCAUAGUGGUGAUCGCUGUUUGCUGUAGAAAUAAGCACAGCCAGCGAAUGCGUAGCUCUUCGAAGCAAUUCGACGGUGUUUGGAAUGCCCCUAGUCGAGGAGCAGCGAUCUGUGCGCCCUCAAACGUCGCCACUCACUUUGCUCCUAGAAUACGCAAUUUUGACGCUUAUUGACGAACUCGCAUGAAUUGUGUAAGCUCAAAGAAGUCCUGUACAGUUUUUGAUUCAAUUUGUCCAGAACAUGAGAUAU